GUGGGUGUUCAUCUGAUUCGAAGCCACCUGAACUUUGAUUUCCUUACAGGCUACAACACGCGGGGAGUUAGUUAUACGUUCGGGCACGAGGUCAUCCGUGACUUCCUGAAACAGCAUGACCUGGACAUCGUCUGCCGAGCGCAUCAGGUGGUCGAGGACGGGUACGAGUUCCAGGCAGCCCGUGGACUUGUAACCAUAUUCUCGGCGCCGAACUACUGCGGCGAGUUCGACAAUGCCGGUGGGAUGAUGUGCGUCGACACAGGUCUGUGCUGCUCCUUCAAAGUCCUGCGCCCCAUGAACACCAAAAAGACUCACGAGGAAGCGGUCGAGGCCGAUCGCACGCAAACACUCGUGCGGCCCGGCUGA